AGAAAUGUCCCACAGCUCCGUAGUUGGACAAUAUGACUUAUUCAGAUGACCACGCAACAUUCUGUGCGCGCGCCCCUCCCUGCCGACUCGGAGCUCAGUGCGCACGCGCAGAGCGCUGUCAGGGCACGGCACACUCACAGCGACAGUAUGGCGGCGGGCUGCUGCUGGAGGGAUGCUGCUGUCGCCGCUGCCUUCACAAUGUGAUCGGAAUAUCGCCUACCUGCGGAAAGACUACAGUCACCCCCGAGGCCUGUCGCCGAGAUCUCGAUAAGAUGACCAGGCUCGCCGAUUACUUCGUGGUCGUCGGAUACGAUCUCGAUAAGAGAGGAGGUAGUGAGGGUCAAGGCCGGAUUCUCCAGCGUUUCCCAGAGAAGGACUGGGAAGAUAACCCCUUUCCUCAGGGCCUUGAGCUUUUCUGUCAGCCCAGUGGAUGGCAGCUGGAUCCAGAGAGAAAGCCUCCGUCUUUCUUUGUGUCGGUUCUCACAGACAUCAACUCUGAGAGGCAUUACUGCGCCUGCUUCACCUUCUGGGAGUCCGUGGAGAACCCGCAGAAAGGGGAGCCCAGUGAGGCCGAUGAAGAUGACAGUCCAGACGUACUCCAGCCCUCUCAAUUAUACGCUCCUAAAAGCCUGGUUCUCGUGUCCCGUUUGGACCACACGGAGGUUUUUAGGAACUGCUUGAGUCUCAUCUACAACGUUCAUGUGGAUGGCCUCACUGUUCCUAUGGAAACGGUGAUUGGAAACCUCCUCACUUGCAUCAUUCCUACCGCUGGAGGCUCUCAGACAAAUGACCCUCCUCUCUGUAGUUUAACUGACUGGCUGCUGGGUUGUUUCCAGCCGGGCCAGGACGACAGGGAGGAGAGCUCGAGGACCAUAACGCUUGGCGCAGGUGACAGGCAAGUUAUCCAGACGCCUAUAAACGACUCCCUGCCUGUGAGCGGCUGCAGCGUGGCCCAGCUUUUCAGACAGCUUGGAAUCGUGAAUGUUCUCUGUCUGUUUUGCGCUGCUCUGACUGAGCACAAGAUCCUGUUCCUGUCCAGCAGUUACCAGCGUCUAACGGACGCCUGCAGAGCUCUGCUGGCCAUCAUGUUCCCACUCAAAUACAGUUUUACAUAUGUUCCCAUCUUACCGGGAAAGCUGCUGGAGGUGCUCAGCACUCCGACGCCCUUCAUCAUAGGAGUCAACUCACACUUCCGCUCUGAGACCCAGGAGCUGCUUGAUGUAAUCAUUGCAGACCUGGAUGGAGGGACGGUCACCAUUCCUGAAUGUGUCCACAUAUCCCUGCUGCCCGAGCCACUUCUUCAUCACACACAGACCGUCAUCUCAAUGGUUCUCGAUCCAGAGCUGGAAGUGGCUGAUCAUGCUUUUCCUCCAUCUUCCCAACCCUCUUCACUUAAAAUCCAGGAUAAGGAGAUCCGCGCUGUCUUCCUGUGGCUGUUCGCACAGCUCUUUCAGGGCUAUCGAUGGUGUCUGCAUAUAAUUCGCAUCCACCCUGAACCCGUCAUACGCUUCCAUAAGGCUGCGUUUUUGGGGCAGAGAGCACUAGCUGAGGAUGACUUCCUGAUGAAGGUGCUCGACGGCAUGGCCUUUGCUGGGUUUGUGUCUGAGCGGGGUCCUCCGUACCGAGCCACCGACCUGUUUGACGAUCUUAUAGCCAAUCAGGUGGAGCGCAUUCGACAGGAGACAGGAGACCAUCACAAAGUGAUGAAGCAUGUUAAAGAGCUGGCUGAGCAGCUUUACAAAAAUGAAAACCCAUAUCCAGCAGUAGCCAUGCACCGAGUUCAGAGAACAGCUCAAAACGCACAACCGCGGCUCCCACAGACCUCUUUCCCGCAGCUGGACGAAGUCUCCGUGCAGCUCUUUAUAGACCACGCAGCGGCAAAACUCAGAACGGCCCCACCUGUGGUCAAGGCCGAACUGAAGGGCCUGGUCCCGACAGGACCUCCACUGGCUGACAUAGUGGACCGGAACGGGAAUGUUCUGGCCAACAGCGCCAGGAGGUUAGAGGUGGUCAGGAACUGCAUCACAUACAUUUUCGACAACAAGAUGCUGGAAGCCAAGAAGUUAAUGCCGGCAGUGUUACGGGCUCUGAAAGGUCGGGCGGCACGCGUCUGUCUGACCCAGGAGCUCAACCUGCACGUGCUGCAGAACAGGGCCGUUCUAGACGACCAACAGUUUGACUACAUCAUCCGCAUGAUGAACUGCACCCUGCAGGAUUGCUCACAUAUGGAUGAACAUGGUAUUGCUGCUGCCCUGCUGCCAUUGGUCACCGCCUUUUGUCGGAAACUGGGUGGAGGCAUCACUCAAUUCGCCUACAGCUGUGUUCAGGAGCACAUGGUGUGGACGAACAUGCAGUUCUGGGAGGCCAUGUUUUACAGUGAUGUUCAGAAACACAUCCGGGCCCUGUACCUGGAGAAUGGCGAGGAGGGAGACAUAUCCGGCCCUGAUGGGGAGGGUGUUGGGGGUCAGCAGCUGAGUGCUCUGGAGUUGGCGUCGGAACAGAGUCGUCUGUGGCCCAUGCUGAGCAAAGAGCAGCAGCAGGAGCGCGUUCAGAAGGAAGAGAGCACGGUUUUCAGUCAGGCCAUCCACUAUGCCAACCGCAUGAGUUACCUGCUGCUGCCGCUCGACACCAGCAAGAACCGCCUGCUCCGCAACACCGGCCUGGGAGACGUGGAGAGCGUCAGCAACAGCUACGUCACCAACAGUAUUGCGGGCAGCAUGGCAGAAAGCUACGACACCGAGAGCGGCUUUGAGGAUGCGGAGAGCUCGGAUGUUGCGAACUCUGUCGUUCGGUUCAUCAACCGCUUUGUUGAUAAAGUGUGCAACGAGAGCGGCGUGACCAACGAACACCUGAAGGCCCUUCACACAAUGAUACCCGAUAUCGUUCAAAUGCACAUCGAGACAUUGGACGCGGUUCACAGGGAGAGCAAACGACUGCCGCCCAUCCAAAAGCCCAAGCUUUUGAGACCAACGCUGCUCCCCGGUGAGGAGUUUGUGAUGGACGGCAUGCGUGUGCACCUUAUAACAGACGGCCGAGAGGAAGCCACGGGCGCCUUGGGUGGUCCGCCCCUGCUGCCCGCCGAGGGAGCCAUCUUCCUUUCUAACUACCGCCUCAUAUUCAAGGGAACACCUACUGACCCCCUCGUCGGAGAGCAAGUGGUCACGCGCUCCUUCCCCAUCGCCUCCCUCACGAAAGAGAAGCGGAUCUCUGUUAACCUUCCCAUGGAUCAGUUAGUCCAGGAGGGGCUCCAGCUGCGUUCCUGCACCUUUCAGCUGAUGAAGAUUGCCUUUGAUGAGGAGGUGGCGUCAGAUCUCGCAGAGGUGUUCAGGAAGCACAUGCAUAAGCUCAGAUACCCACAGCACGUCCAGGGCACAUUUGCCUUCACCGUGGGUCAGUCUGCCAAGCUGGCGGUGGAGCACAAGACCAAGGACAAGAACCAGUCGCUAAAAACGCUGUCUAGAAACCUUGUUAAAACUGCAAAGAGGACCAUCGGACGUCAGUAUGUCACCCGGAAGAAGUAUUCUCCACCAACCUUGGAAAACCGUAGCAGUUUUCAGUCAGAGAUGGACGAGGAUGAGAUCUCUGUGUCUGAGGAGCCGGACCAGAGUUCACUCACGCUCUCCUCCACCAUCCGCUCGUCAGACCGGCAGACCAUGAGUAAUGUGGUCGAGCGGGCCUGCUGUCGGGACUACCAGCGGCUGGGACUGGGAACGCUCAGCAACAGCCUGACCCGCUCCAAAAACGAGCCCUUCAGGAUCUCCACCGUCAACCGGAUGUACACAGUCUGCCGAAGUUAUCCAGGGUUACUGAUCGUGCCUCAGAGCAUCCCCGAUGCCACCAUCCAGCGCAUCUGCCGCUGCUACCGGCAGAACCGCUUCCCUGUGGUGUGCUGGAGGAACUCACGCACCAAAGCUGUGCUGCUGCGCUCGGCCGGCCUGCAUGCUAAAGGCGUCGUGGGCUUCUUCAAAUCCCCCAAUGCGCCCACAGCAGGCCCAUCGCAGGCUGACUCCACCAGCCUGGAGCAGGAGAAGUACCUGCAGGCCAUCAUCAGCUCCAUGCCCUCAUACAGCGAGGCCAGUGGGAGGAACACGCUCAGCGGCUUCACCUCCGCACACAUGAGCAACUCAGACUCAUCAGACAAGCUGAGGCAGCCUAAAAUAGGAGCUUUAAUGAAACAAGUCAUGGGGACUAAAGAGGAUGUUCCAGGAACCUUCAGUCGAGGAGCGCUGGGUCAGAGGGCAAGGGUCAUCUCCCUCUCUCAGCCUAGAGUUUCUGUCAAGGCCCGCAACUCGCCUAGAGGAAAAUGGGGCAGUAUUCGUGGUAGUGGGCGGCUCAGCACGUAUAACCCUGACGUGGGGAACAGGCUGGCUGGGAAAGAGUCCCCCCAGGCUAAUGGAGGCCCAUCCGAGACCUAUUUCCUUCGCCAACAGAGAGCGUACCUCUACAUCAUUGGAGACAAGUCCCAGCUCAAGGGUGGAAAGCAGGACUCCUUCCAGCAGUGGGAGGUGGUGCCUAUCGAGGUCUUUGAUGUUCGGCAGCUGAAGAACAGUUUCAAGAAGCUGAUGAAAGCUUGUGUGCCUUCUGCACCCAACACUGAACCAAACGCAAACAUGACCUUUCACCGAUGCCUGGAGGAAUCGGAGUGGAUGAAUCUGCUUCACAAGGUUCUACAGGUGUCCGUUCUGGUUGUGGAACUCCUGGAAACCGCUUCCUCCGUCAUGGUUAGUUUGGAAGAUGGCUGGGAUGUCACAACACAGGUGGUGUCCCUGGUGCAACUUCUGUCGGAUCCGUACUACCGAACUAUUGAUGGUUUCAGGCUGCUCGUGGAGAAAGAGUGGUUGUCGUUCGGUCAUCGAUUCAGCCACCGUGGAGCCCAGACACUAGCCAGCCAGAGCAGUGGAUUCACACCUGUCUUCCUGCAGUUCCUCGACUGUGUGCACCAGAUCCAUCUACAGUUCCCCAUGGAGUUUGAGUUCAGUCAGUACUAUCUGAAGUUCCUAGCCUACCACUACGUCUCCAACCGCUUCCGCACCUUCCUGCUGGACUCAGACUAUGAGCGCAUAGAGCUUGGUGUCUUGUAUGAGGAAAAAGGUGAGAGGAAGAAUCCUCAGGUGUGCAAGUCUGUCUGGGAUUACAUUGACCGGCUCAACAAGAAGACCCCCAUAUUCUACAACUACAUGUUUUCACCUGAGGAGGAAGAGGUCUUAAAGCCCUACAGUUUUAUCUCCAACUUGAAGGUUUGGGACUUUUACACAGAGGAAACACUUUCUGAGGGUCCGUCCUUUGACUGGGAAUUAGUGCGGGGUCGGCCGGAGAAGCCACUGGAGGAAGCUGGUGAUAGACAGGAGACGACGGCCCCCAAGUCCCAGCGGAGGAUCGUAUGGCCGUGUUAUGACAGCCUCAGUAAAGUACUGCCUGAUGCCAUCACCAAACUCUUGCAGGAUGUGCAGAACCUGGAAACUGAGUUGGGACAACCAAUGGAAAAAUGGAAAGACACCUGGGACAAGAUUAAGACGGCCCAACGGGUUGAGUCCAGACUAGAGAGCAGGCACUCGUUCUCCAGCUCUCUGCUCAUGUCAUCUAAUCUGAGUCACCAGCGGCGCUCUCAGGGUGUGUAUCUGCAGGAGAGCGGGGUCGGCUCCUCCAUCAACCUGGCACUGGACUGUGAGGUCAGCGCCACAUCCACACCUGCAGCUGGUCGACCCAGUACCAGCACACUCUACAGCCAGUUCCAGAGCACUGAGAGCGAGAACAGGAGCUUUGAGGGUAUUUUAUACAAAAAAGGCGCAUUGCUGAAACCUUGGAAACCGCGUUGGUUUGUACUGGAUAAGACCAAACACCAGUUGCGAUACUAUGAAUCAAGGAAAGAUAAAGAGUGUAAGGGAGUGAUUGAUCUAGCUGAAGUGGAAUCUGUCUUUCCUGGGACGCCCACAAUGGGAGCACCUAAAAACAUAGAUGACAAAGCCUUCUUUGAUCUCAAGACGACCAAAAGAGUGUAUAACUUCUGUGCCCAGGACAACAAAAAUGCCCAGUUAUGGAUGGAUAGUAUUCAGAGUUGCCUAUCAGAUGCGUAGGGGGAGGGGCCUUGCAGAGGACAGAACUGUGACACUUUGUGGGGGGCGGAGCCAGUGACGGAAAAUGCUCAUAGCCAAUGGGCAGUGCUUGCCUGCUGUUUACAGAGGGAAGUUGGACAGGCUUCCGUAUUGGUGGUAUUGAACUUUACGAUGUCGCACCUCACCACAUUUCAGCGUUUUUGUUUUAAAAAAACAUGCCGAAAAUAUACAAAAACCCAAGAAAUCCCUUAAAGACUGAUAUAUGUGGACUCACCCAUGCUUGGCUUGUUUCAAACACACCUAUUCGCCCUGGAUGUUGUCCUACGCUUGUUCGAAAAGACAUGACCUGCGAUUCUUCAUCCCAUAUUGCUGAAAUACUGCCAAUGGCACCUUAAGCUAUGCAGGGGCCCAAAAAAUGCCCAAUAACUAGCCACAGCUCACAAAAGAGUGACCUUUAACCCCUUCUGAUCUCCUUACUGUCACUAUGCCACUGCUUGGAAUCGUCCAUCGAGUCUGGACUCACACAUCACAAAUUCUGCCUUCUCAUUGGACGGUCAAGUUCUCUCGCUCCCUUCUGAUUGGUGGCUUCGUCCGUGCAACGGUUCAUGAAGGAUUUAGUGUUUUCUUUCACAUUAUCUACAUGGAAAUAAUCUAAAAGCGUUCAUUCUCAUCACUUUCGACCAAGUCCAAACAGUUAUCAAGAUGCCAUCCGGAGAUUCAGAUUGGACUGUUUACAAACUAAAUUCUUGGGUUCUUCCUAUGAACGUUAAAACCACUAUUGCUAUUGAGAA